AUGAGUAAGUUUUUCUAUUCCAGUCCAAACGAACUUGAUACUGAGCACCAAAAUGAGAAUCAUAAUAACCAAGAACCUAGAUUACAGAGUGAACUACUAUCAACUGGUAACCAAGUGGUUCAAAGUCCACCAUUGACUGAAAGGCUUCAUGAGUGGAGAAAUUUACUUAUACACCAAUACAACGUUGUAGUUGCAGAAUGGUCCAAUCUCAAGAGCGCAACUAAGAAUGAAAUUGAUUCUGGUAGAGAAUAUAUUAACCGAAAUGUUUUAAAUGACCCUCAAGAAAAUAACCGAUUGCUUGUUCCAAGUUCAAUUUUGUCUCUGGGUGCCUUUUUUUGUGGACGUGUUUUAACCAACAAGAACAAUUGGGGUUAUAGAAGUAUCGUUAAUAGAAACCCAUCAAUUUUGGGUCGUCUGUUGACUAGUUUGCCUUCAAGAACUGUCUUGCCACUGGCAUUAGCAGGUGUGGUUUUCAAUCAGUUGACGCCUGGAACUGCUAAAAAUGCAUGUCAUACUUUUGAAAGGGAUUUCUUAUCAGAAUCUUUUGUACAAGAAUAUCACCGUAUUUGGGACCAGUUGUACGUACAGGGAAUUAAACAAGGUAGUGGUCAAAUUGGUGAAACCUUUCAAAAUAGUUUACAAAAUGGUAUUAAGAGCAUCAGAGAAUCCAUCAGUGCCAUAAAUGAUGACAAAAAGCAAUGA